AUGGCGCCAGAAAAGACCGACAAUGACGACUUGAGGUUGAUCAUGACUUGCAUCAAACAUGCCGAGAACAAGCUUGCCAUCAAUUUCGAGGAAGUUGCGAAAGAACUUGGCGCCAAAAGUGCAAAUGCUGCGUACCAUCGCCACUGGGGCCUCAUGAGAAAGUGGGGCUUGACAGGUAGCAAAAAAGGAGGAACAUUGUCUACACGCCCCACCAAGCAUUCAGCAGGUGACAGUGCAAAACUUUCAGGUCGCAAUCGUCAAGCCACAAAUACCGAGGCGGAAGGUAGUGAUGAAGAUGAUAACGGCGAUGGGCAACCUAUGAAAAAGCAGAAAGUGGCGCACAAGAAGAAUGCUGUCGGAGAGGAUACUGAGAAGGGUGAAGGGGAGAAUGGCAUGGGAGGAUCAAACGGCGAUGGUGCUGCUAUCAAGUCUGAGACCUAG